GGAUACAGUACUCGGCAAAGGAGCAACCUGAAGACCUGGUUCAACCCGAGUGAUUGAGCAAUUUUCAAAAUGUCCAGGUACAACGGCGGCUACAACCAGCAGCCUUACCAGCCUUAUCACAACAACAACUUCUCCCAGAACGGAUGGAGCUAUACCGGCCACAACUCCCAGAGCCGUGUUGCUUUCUACGAGAACGAUGCAGGCGUUAAGAUGGACUACUACUACUCAACUGGCACUACCAAGACCUCGAUGGACCAUCCCGCCCGUGGCAGCACUCAGCUGUUCCGCCGGGACCUUUCGGAGGGCGAGCACCGCGCUGUGCUGGAGAACCCGCGUGUUCACACCGGCAAGGGCUAUUACACCAAGCACUGACUGACGGCUUGUCGUUUGGGAGUCAGAACACGCGCGUACAUGGGCAAGGCAAUCGUUGAUCCCCUGCCCUGGUUAGUUCUGGUAGGCGUGUCCUAAGCGUGAGCGCAGGCGCUGACACGUGUGCUUGGUACCCCUGAUUAAAGAAUGCGGUGACGCUUUACUGCAUUCGUAAAGUUACUCUUUACUGCAUUCGUUUGGCAACAUAGGCCGCUUCCGGCUGAGUCGAAGCACAUUGUAUGGCAGGCUGUGUCUGGCUAGGACCUGUCUGUAUGGGCGCUGCAAAGUAGGAGCAGGUUUCAUGGCGUGUACUGAAUGCUCAUGCGCAGAGGUUUCCACCGUAAACCCUAGGCUGGCAACUGCGUUGCCGUAUGUAACAUAUCCGGAUAAG